CACUGAUAACGAACAAGAGAGAGCGUGCCUGACAAGCUGGUCAAAAAGCGUGUGGAUGUGAAGUCACCCCCUUAACUUAUUUGGAUAACAAAGUGACGGGACGGGAAUGGACAGCGGAAGAAACGGAGCAAUGUGAAACAUAAGCAAUUUUUCAAUCUUUGUAGCAUAUUUAGCUCUGUCAAUGGCGGUUCUUGUAAAUUCAGUGUCUCCAAUUGGACACCCAUCGCCAGAAGCCACCAGAAAGACUUGUGGAUUCUUCUCCCACAUCAGGAAUCUCCAACCCCUUUCACUUAGCAAGGGCUUUUCCAGAGUUUUAGCGACUACCCAGAUCACGAUUUCUCCGAAAGAGACGGUUUUCACCUUGCCCAACUGGAGGCAUGCCAAGAAUGACAGAAGAAGUAGGGAGCUCAGACUCAUUGAUGCCUUUCUGCACUUGGAGUCUAUGGUGGGGAAGGGCCAGAAGCCUGAUGUGGCUCAGGCAACUCAGCUCUUGUAUGACCUCUGCAAGGCGAAUAAGAUGCGAAAGGCGGUCAGAGUCAUCGAAAUGAUGGUUGUUUCCGGCAUUAUACCUGAUGCAGCUUCUUAUACUUUCUUGGUGAAUUACUUGUGUAAAAGAGGGAACAUUGGGUAUGCAAUGCAGCUGGUAGAGAAGAUGGAGGAGUAUGGAUAUCCGACGAAUACUGUGACCUACAAUUCGCUCGUUAGAGGGCUUUGCGUGCGCGGAAACUUGAAUCAGAGCUUGCAGCUUUUGGAUAGACUGAUACAGAAGGGGUUGGUUCCGAAUGUUUAUACGUACUCUUUCUUGCUGGAAGCUGCUUAUAAGGAAAGAGGUGUCAAUGAAGCCAUGAAGCUCCUGCAGGAGAUAAUUGCUAAAGGUGGAAAGCCUAAUUUGGUAAGUUACAAUGUCUUGUUAACUGGCUUGUGUAAGGAAGGUAGGACUGAUGAGGCGUUGCGGUUCUUUAGGAGUUUGCCUUCAAUGGGGUUCGAUCCAAAUGUUGUGAGCUAUAACAUCGUGUUGAGGAGCUUGUGUUACGAGGGAAGGUGGGAAGAGGCGAAUGUGCUUCUGUCUGAGAUGGAAGGCGAGGACCGGGCUCCUUCCAUAGUUACGUAUAACAUCUUAAUCGGUUCACUUGCACUUCAUGGUAGAACUGAGCAUGCUGUUGGAGUUUUGGACGAAAUGCUGAGAGGUCGUUUCAAACCUACCGCUGCCAGCUACAAUCCGAUCAUUGCUCGUCUCUGCAAAGAGGGGAAUGUAGAUGGUGCGGUGAAGUGUCUAGACCAAAUGAUUCAUCGGCGGUGCAAUCCUAAUGAGGGAACAUUCAAUGCCAUUGCUGUGCUCUGUGAGAGAGGUUUGGUGCCAGAGGCAUUCUCUAUCAUUCAAAGCCUCUGUAAUAAACAAAAGUUCUCCAGUUUCGAGUUCUACAACAACGUAAUCUCCAGUUUGUGUCGCAAAGGAAACACGUUUCCAGCGUUUCAGAUAUUGUACGAAAUGACCAAGCAUGGUUUCACUCCGGAUUCUUAUACGUAUUCAUCUCUGAUCAGAGGGUUGUGUUUGGAGGGUAUGCUUGAUGAGGCGAUGGAGAUUUUCAAGGUAAUGGAAGAAAACAACGUUAGGCCUGAUACUGACAAUUUCAAUGCUCUUAUACUCGGUUUUUGCAAAUCGCGAAGAACAGACUUGUCCUUCCAGGUUUUUGAGAUGAUGAUCGAGAAGGGGCGUAUGCCUAAUGAGAUGACCUACACUAUUCUGGUGGAAGGAAUUGCGCACGAAGGAGAACUAGAACUGGCAGCCAGAGUCUUAAAAGAGUUGCACCUGCGACAUGUUAUGAGUUCGAAUACAGUGGAAAGAUUGAUCAUGCAGUAUGAUUUUGAGGAUUUACCGAGUUAGAAACUCGAAGGAAAACGAAAAGGAAACACUGUUAAAGGAGAGGAGCAAGAAGUUUGGGAAACUCAGAGGGCGGUUUGAAUCUUUUGUUGUGAAUAUCCAUCGAUACAGGAUUUGGAAAUGGGCGUAGAACGAGUUCAGACAAGAAGUUUUUGCCCUACGCCCUACACUCUGUAUCCUCAUUUGCUAGAAGCUAAUUAUUUUAUGAAGGGCUGUAACUCCGGUUUCCUUUUGUAAAUUGAGUCUAACUGUUCCUCUGAGAUCUGUUUCAAACCACAUGCAUGAUUCUGUUUUUUUUUCUGAAAGAGCAUUGCUCUGAAGAUUGUGUAUCGGGUUUUCUCGUGUUGAAACUCAGCGCAGAGGCAAAUAUAUUUAUCGUCAAA